AAGAAUAUUUAAACGCUGAACUUCUUUACUUUUGCUGUAUUACAGAAAUGCUCUUUAAACUUAAAAAAUAAUGCAACUUGAAUUCUAAAUUUUCUACUGGGUACUUUGAAAUACACACAUAACCGAACAACUGUGCUGAUAACUGCUUCAUGCUCUUUUAUCGAAGAAUUCCGCUGACAGGCGCUUUCACUUGCUUUGCACGUUUCCGAAGCACACUCUCCAUACACAAACACACAUAUGUAUGUAUGUACGUAUUCCUCCCUCACUUUGGUUGGUGGUGAGCGACUGGAAAGCAUGAAAGCAAUUUACUGCGCUGGUGUUUGGCCAAAGGCAUUUUGGCUAUCUCAAUUCGUUUUUCCUUUGGACCUGUCAGUCGAUUCGUGUCGGCCGUGCACAACAGUUGCUUAUAAGCCAUAACGAAAAAUUAAACACUAGCAAUCGCCCGAAACUUAUCGCCGAAAGGAAUCGUGCGCGCGCGCAUUCAAAUCACUUAUUUUCAACACAAAAGUAGCAGUUCUUUCUUGCCAACACCGCCGCCGCCGCCACCGACGCUUUCGCAGCUAAGCACUUUUGUUCGCGUGAAGUCUAUCGUGCUAUUGAACGAACGCUUUUCUUUCAGUUCACAACAACAAUAUCAGCGUUAAGUGGAUACUUAACUGCCAAAUAGCAUCUUCUACUCGCUUCACUUUUUUCUUUUCCACUGUGCUUUCGCUUUGUUUUGCAUACCGCGACUUCCCUCUGUCUCUACGGUGAAUUUGUUUUGGAAUACUUUCGAUAACAUCGCCUUCGCCGUUGCACUUGCCGUACUUCGCACUUCUCGCAGCACGGCGCCUUCGUUGAUUGCAUCGCGUUAAUUGUGCAUUCGAUUUGUUUUGUUUGCUGAUCUUCCGGCCGCUUCGCUUCGCGUGAAUUUGCGUCUAGUAAUUGUGAGGAAAAUUGUGCAGAAAUAAAAGAGACUCUGGCCAUAAAAUACGACCAAAGCCACAAAAAUUACAAAUUAAUUUAUGCAAAGCUUGUGGAGCAAAAUUUUCUUGGUUUGCACAAAUUGUCGGAAAUAAUAUAGAAACAAAGACAUAAAGAAUUGCCUAAGUCAACUAGUGCUUCGGUGAAAACAAACAAAAUCCACUAAUUAAAACGAAAACAACAAAAAAGAACAAUUAAUUUUAAUGACGACUUGCCACAACUGAGAUUUGCUUAAUGUGAUUACGUUUGUUGCGUUCACCUGCAGUGAAAAGGAACUUCCACAAAUAAAACCACCAACAACAAAUACCACUACUUAAUAUUACUACCGGAAAAAGCAAAAAGAAAGCUGACAACUUGAUACACGCGAGCACCUAAAGUACGACAUUCGCGACACAACAAAACGACGCUAUUCACAGCGAGCAAAAGCUACACCAAAGUACAUGCUGAAUUGUUCUGGUGAAAAAUAGCGUCGAUAACAAAAGUGUGACCAAAGUGCGGCAAUCCACGACGCUGCUGAUUUAUUAACUGCUUUGAGCUACUUGCGGUGCUUUGUACAAUCUUUUGUAAGCGUCUUAGCGCUCAUAAGCCAUAAUUCGUCUUUUUCAAUAAUUCUUUUGCUGCGCAACAGUUUUAUGAGUAAUAGCGCCAUGGUUGCGGUCGCCAUUUGUUGCAUACUGGUCCUGCUGGCCGUCUUCAUUGUGAUCAUCAUAGUCGUUGGUCAGACGAUGGGUGAGCCCAAGUGAGAUAAGCUUCAACUGGGACCCGGAAACUUCCCAGAUGGAUAACAAAGGCACUCGACGAAUUGUUAGUUGUUACCGAAUAUCAAAUAUCCACUGCGAAUACUGGCCAGAGCCCAGCCUCACACAUUCACAUUGCUAAAUUUCAUGAGAAUCACCAUCGAUGACCGACGAGUGCCAUUGAUGAUGGCCCCCUUUGGCAGGCAGCGCCGUAAGCAACAACAUCACUUACAACGAUUUUCUAAAACACAUUUCGUAAACCAAGUGUCAUGCGGCGUAGCAAGCAAACUAUCUGCAUCAUGUGCCACUUUACGCCGCGUCACCGGCUUCAUUCGUAUACCAUCGGACCCAACGUCAGAACAAAAAUUGGCUGUGAUGUGAAACUAAAGAGACAUAUGUAUGAAAUUUACUCAUAGACAAAUUUGAAACUAAAAAAUUCCAAAAAAAAAAAUUGAAAAAUAUUAAAAUCGGCAAAAAAUUGAGUGUGCAAAAAUAUUUCAAGUCAAUCACAACUACAACAACAACACGUUAUAACAAUAAUUAUGAAUAACCAGACAUUUUAGGCAAAUUUAAUGCAAGAAAAAAAUACAAGCGCGUUAAAUGUGAAAUAUACAUAUUUAUAUUAGUAAACUAAAUUAAAGUCAAGUAGUGUUUUUGAUAAUGGUGUUAGAAUUUCGAUGUUUUUAAAGAACAAACCAAUCACACAAACCAUAAAUACUCCUUUUAGUAUCUAGAUAUGUAAACAAAGGCAUGCAUUUUUCUAAGUCAAAAAUGCAAAAACAACCAUAAAUGGAGCAGCAGCCAAAAACUCUCUCUGCAUUAUGCCUCCCAGAACUCAAGAAGAAGUAGAGAGGACCAUAUGAAAUCAAAGUUGUCGCAAAGCUAAAACAUUCUGAGGAAUAACUGGCGUUCCCCAACGAGUAACUAUAUCGAAGAGCACGAGAGAAAAUUGAAGAAAUGUAUGGGCGAUUGUGGAACGACCAAGUCCAGGGACUGGGAGGUAAACAAACAAUAAAAGUGGGCAGCGUUUACUAUAAGCGAACGCGCAAAAAAUAAAUAAAAAUAGAAACACAGCAGCUGCAGCUCAACUAUAACUCAAACCGCAAACUGAAUUUUAAUGUCCUGUAAGAAACUCCAUUAGAAAUUUAUUUUUACAACAAUAGUCAUCCAGAAAUGGUAACCACAAUCUACGUAAAUAAAACAAAGUGAUGGGUUUAAUAAAUACCAAUUUUUUUCAAACUUUAAACUUUUAACCUAAAGUAAAUAUUCUUGAAUAGUUGAAAAGCCAAAUCAUAUCAUUUGAAACGAUGAAUUUCCCCACUCAGCAUUCAACUAAAAAUGCCAAAAUACAGAUUCCUCACUAUUAUAGUGUAUGUCAUGAGCUCCCUUAAAUAAAUGACAGUAUUAUAAAAGCUCUCCAUAAGAAACAAAAAAUAACAAUAAAUAAAAAAAAACCUUUCAUUGAAGUGGCAGGCGAAAUUCAGAAAGUAAAAUAAAUAAAUACAUAAAGUGAAAAAUAAAUACAAUUUUUAUAAUAAUUUUUAUAUGCUUUCAAAAGUUCAUAAGAUAUAUAAAACACACACAACAAUAGUUAAAGUGAAACAAACCAACAACUGUGCAGCAGAACAAGCCAAAUAGUGUUAAGUGAUUAUACCAUAUAACGUACAAAACCAAUUAAUAACAGUAAAUAGUUCCAGGUUAAUGAAUUAACAGACAAUUCAGUGUUUUCAUAUGUAUACAAAUAAUGUUCGUCGUUUAACCGUUGACUAAUACACCAUGUCGUAUACGUAACGCAUACAGUUAGUGUAUUAUUAUAUAAAAUAUAUAUGUAUAUGGUAUGUGUUUACUGUAGUUUUUCUACAACAAAUCUGUAAAUAACAAAAUAAUAAGUGAAUAAAAUAACAGUAAAUCAAUAAGAGAAAUAUUGUGAGACAUUUUCGAGUUUAUUGAAAAUAUGUUGACUAUCCCAAAGAGCUCAAAACUUUUUAACCCAAACAACUACCACUAACUUAAACGAACAAGUUUAAAUGAUAUUAUACACACAUAUAUUUUAUAAAUGUCAAAUUAAAGUAAAAGUAAAUAAGAACAUAGUUUUAGCAGUAAAUGGAUGAUUUGGAACAAAACAUGUCUACCAACAGUAUAUAACAGUAAUAAACACUAUGAUAAAAUUCUAAAUUAACGCAUAUAAGCAGAACGCUUGAAAGAAAAAGGCCAGAGAAUGAGCAACUAUGAGGAGCGAUUGCAAGGAAAGGAAUAACAAAGCAAAUACAAAUAAUAAUUUUAUUAAAAAAGUAAAACCAAAUGUAACUAGAAAUAUUUUUAAAAAGAAAACUAACGAUCUUGUCAUUUUACAUCUACUUAUAUAAGUGUAUGUAUGUAAAUACAUAUUUUCCAGACUAAAUUUGUCAACUGUGUGAAAUGUAUGUAGUUGAAUACAAAUUUGAGAAAUGUUUAAUAUAUAUGUGAAAAUGUAACUUAAUGGAAAGACCCCGUUAUGUCCAAGUAGUGAUGUGAGCAUUAUAUACAUAACCUAAAGUAACAAAUCAUAAAUCUCUUAACGCCAAAUUAUUGCUUGGAGAUAGUAAAAAUUGGCUCAAAAACGUAUGUGUGCAAUGAAAUCAAUACUUUAUGGAUUAAAACAUAAAUUAAAUCGCGCUUAAAUAUAAUUUCAAUUAUUUAUGGAAAUCUCGCAAAUACAUUAACCGACGA